CGGAUUUUUAGUGGUGGUGGAUCGAUCGAGGGGAGGCGACACAAAAAUCCGUCUCAGAAAGAGCCGACGGGGCCCCACUAGCGACCGCUUUUUUGCCGAUAGCGCGACUACUGCGCUUGUGUACGUGUGCGUGUGUGUGAUCGCGACAAUUUGUCGGCCGCUAAAAGAAUUCCGUGACAUCGGUAGUCGCGUUCUGUCGUCGGUGGCAAAAACAUCAACGAGCGGUAGUACUGCCACCCCCCCUCCCAUACCUCCCACUCCGCUCCACCCACUGGGCAGAAUCGCAAAAAUCGGACAGAAAGAAGGUUCGGGUGACCGCAAUAAUAUCAUCACCUGGAACGAAUUGAAUUUUCAUCUCUCGCCGCAUCGCUACCGAAUUUCGCGCUACCACGUGUUUAUCCGUGCGGACUUGGACCACAUCUCAGUUGGCGGUUAGUGUUUUUUGGUGUGUUUUCGUGCGUUCGGGGACUAUGAUGGUUCCCUUGGCGGCGACUCAGUGAGCGGAGUAGCGACUGGGACACAACAUGUCCCAGUUUGGCUUCCGAGCAUCUCCGAAUACUCAGAGCGCAGUAUCGUCGGGCCGCAGUCAACCCUCCCCGCAGCCGCCCGCCAGCAUGGCUGUCACCUCCUCCGCCCCCGCCGCCCAGGGCGGGUCCCCGCCUGCCCCGCCUGCCCAGCGCUGCUGCGAUACGGGCCGCCCCAUCUUCACCGACCCGCUCAGCGGGCAGACCGUCUGCUCGUGCCAGUACGAGCUGUUAGGGUACCAGCGGUUGGCAGGGGCGGGUGUGCCCGGUUUGCCCGCCCUCAGCAUGUACAGCGCCCCCUAUGCCGAGGGCAUGGCGGCGUACUUUCCGGCGCUGGGCGCCGAUCAGGCGCCGUUCUACACGUCGACGGCUGCCGGAUUGGAACUGAAAGAAAACCUUGCGGGAGCCGCUGGUUGGCCCUACCCUUCUGUGUACCACCCUUAUGACACCGCUUUUGCUGGAUAUCCAUUCAAUGGAUAUGGCAUGGAUCUCAAUGGAGCCCGAAGGAAAAAUGCGACUCGUGAAACGACUAGCACCCUCAAGGCCUGGCUCAACGAGCACAAGAAGAACCCUUACCCGACCAAAGGAGAGAAGAUAAUGCUGGCCAUUAUCACGAAAAUGACCUUGACGCAAGUGUCCACGUGGUUCGCGAACGCCAGGAGAAGGCUGAAGAAGGAGAACAAGAUGACGUGGGAGCCCAGGAAUCGCGUGGAGGACGAUGACAAUAACAAUGAUGAUGACGAGCAUGAUAGGAAGAGUACCGAUGGAAAAGAUAUACUAGAUUCCAAAGACUCCGGAACAGCUUCAAGCGAAGACGGAGACCGACCACCCCAUUCCCGCCUAGCCCCCGACACAGCCAGCGAAUGGAGCGAGUCCCGCAAUGACAGCGGCCCGGACAGCCCCGAAAUCUACGACCGACCACCGCACCCCGCCUUCCUGCCCCCCAGAACCUCUGGAUCGCCUCCCCAGAUAUCGGCCUCCAUCAGCCACGCAGCCACCAAGCCAAGGAUCUGGUCCCUGGCGGACAUGGCGAGCAAAGAAGGGGAUAGUCAUCACCCCUCAGCAGCCUCUUCGCUGUAUUCGAGCGCCGGGAGGCUGGUGCCUCGGCUGCCUCCUCCAGGGCUGCACUCUUCCCCCUACUCCAGGCCUCACGAGUUCUACAGGAGUCUGUACAGCCCAGCUGCGCAGCACUUAGCUUCUCCUGACGCCUCCCUGCUAGAAACCUACCAAAGAACCCUCGGAGCUAACCUGAUAGCUGCACAGAACGCCGCCAGUGCUGCUCAAGCCUCACCAGUGUUCACCAAAGCCAGCUUAGCUUCGGCUAGCUCUAGCUCUGGUGGCAGCGGUGGUUUGCCGCUGGGGCUGACGACUUCAUCGAGAAUGUCACCAUCUUCGACGUCUUCUCUGUCUUCUGGGUCGGAGACUCCGAUAAAACCAGUGGCUCUGAACAAGGCUUGA